AGGUUCUGCAGUCCUCAUCAUGGAGCUUCUCCAAGGCUUCCUAGUUGUCCUCCUCCUGGUCGGCUUGUCCGCCGGAGCCUCUCCGGAUCACAAGAUCGUCCUGAAAACGCUACAGCAAGCGGAGUACGAGUGCAAGCAAAUCCUGCGGGUACCUUCCAGCGAAGAAGCGCCUUGCGAGCCCCGCUGCGAGGAGAUUCUGCUCCGAACCUGGACCGACUGCAACGGCCUCGGCAGCAUCCCGUACGGGCGGCACUUCCAGCCGGAUCCCACCGAUUCGGACUUUAUAAACCGAACGCAGCACUGCCUGGACUCGGCCCUGGCGGGCGUUCCCGGCCACGAUGUCUGCUGCCAGGGCCGGAUCGCGUUCCAGUGCUACCGCGAUCAGUACGGCAAUCCGGUCCGGGUUCCGCAGCUCGCGCCCAUGUCGGAUAUUCUGGUGCGGAGUACCAUUGAGGACUGCGCAAGGUUGCUCCAGAUCGACGAUCUGGAACUGAUGCUCUACGGGCUGACCCACUUUGACAUGUCUGCCAAGUCGCGCAGCCUGCUGCGUUGCAUCGUGAUCCGGCAGGGUCUGUACAGCGACGAGCACGGUCCGGAUCUGGACCGGAUGUUCGUGCAGUGUGGCGGCUACGACAUCGACGAGCAGGUCUUCCGUGAGAAUGCUGAGUACUGCAUUGAGAGCUUGCGCUCGCAGUGUCUGGACAAUGCUACGUUGGCUACCCGUAUCACGAAUUACUGCUUCCCACCCGGAGUCGGUCCCGGAACGAUCCCCCUGAUCGGAACGGUUCUUCCAACGGUGGGAUCUCUGGUUGGAGGCGUCCUCGGAACCGUGCGUGGGUUGAAGAUUUUGGAUUCGCUGCUGAAACCGCUGGCACCACUGCUCAUCGGUCUGCCGUACUCGCUGAAUCCAGGCCUCCAGAAGAACCUGCUGGAUCUGGUGGACGACCCGCACGCGCUUGCCGCAGCUAUCGCUGCGCUGGAGAAGGGACCUCUGGAUCCUAAAAUUGCUGCUUUAGGAUAAGAUUUCACUUGGUUGAUUUGAAUUUGAAUAAAAGCCUGUUAACAGCAGGCGUUGAAACGUUAUCGUCCAUGCGUGAGCACCGCCGCCUUUGUUUCCUUCCGCAGCCAUCUUUGUUUACGUGCGUGGCACGUCCAA